AUGGCCAACAUCGACGACGAUUUUAUCGCCGCCGAGGAGGACGCCUCCCCCAGAAUGUUCCCCGAAAGGCGGCGCUCCAGCGUCGCGCGCCACCGCGACGACCUUGAGCGUAUCCCGACCGCCACGUCCUCUUCGUCGUCGUCUGUCAGCGACAAUGUCGCCGCCCGCCAGCGUUCGGCUGCUGGCCCUUCGGGCCUCGACCGCACCCGCAGCGAGCUCGAGAUUGAGCGCCAGCAAACCCAGUUGCAACGCAUCCAGACCGCGAGGAGUCAGCACAGCGGCACCGUGGGCCGCAGCCUCACAAGCCGCCGCUCCCAGAAGCCCCUGCCGGCUUUCGGCGAGGGCAAGCCCUAUCCGCCGCCGAUGCCCGACCAGGAGCAGUACGUCGUCGAGUUUGAUGGGCCGGAUGACCCGCUGCACGCGCAGAACUGGCCGAUCAAGAAAAAGGUUUUCACUGGUGCCUUUUUGGGAUUUACGACAAUGACGUCCGCCUUUGCCUCGUCCAUUUUCUCCGCUGCCACAGGAGCUGUUGCGAGGGAGUUUGGCGUGUCGACCGAGGUCGGUAUUUUGGGUGUGUCCUUCUACGUCCUGGGUUUCGCCUUUGGUCCCACCCUCUGGGCGCCUCUUUCUGAGCUCAAGGGCCGUCGUCUGCCCGUCAACAUCUCCAUGUUCGGUUUUAUGGUCUUCUCGUUCGCCGUCGCCACCGCAAAGGAUCUUCAAACGGUGCUUAUCUGCCGCUUCUUUGCUGGUUUCUUCGGUGCUUGCCCGCUGGCCGUCGUCGCCGCUAUUUUUUCUGACAUGUUCGACAACCGGACGCGAGGUAUUGCCAUCACGAUCUUCUCGAUUGCUGUCUUUGCUGGUCCUCUGCUUGGCCCCUUCAUUGGUGGCUUUAUUACGCAGUCGUACUUGGGCUGGCGCUGGACCAUGUAUCUUGCCGGCAUCAUGGGCGCUACUUGCUUCUGCCUGAACAUCUUCUUUCUCGAGGAGACCUACCCGCCCGCGAUUCUGGUCCAGAAGGCUGCUGACCUGCGCCGCCGCACCAAGAACUGGGGCAUCCACGCCCGCCAGGAAGAGAUCGAGAUUGACUUCCGCGAACUGAUCAACAAGAACUUUUCGCGCCCCAUGCGGCUGCUGUUUGGCGAGCCCAUUGUCCUGCUGCUGUCCCUCUACAUGUCCUUUGUGUACGGAAUCCUGUACUUGUUCCUGACGGCCUAUCCCUUUGUCUUCCAAGGCGUGCAUCACUUCUCGCCGGGUGUUGGCGGUCUGCCCUUCUUCGGCAUGAUCGUCGGCCAGGUGAUUGCUGGCAUCACCAUGAUUCUGCAGCAGCCGUGGUACAACCGCAAACUCAAGGCCAACAACAACGUUCCCAUCCCUGAGUGGCGUCUGCCUUCUGUCGUUGCCGGCGGCGUUGCUUUUACCGCUGGCAUCUUCUGGUUUGGCUGGUCGGGCUACCGCAAGGACAUUCACUGGAUCGUCCCCAGCUUGUCUGGCAUCCUUACUGGUUUCGGUCUGAUGUCUAUCUUCCUGCAGUCCCUCAACUACCUGAUCGAUGCGUACCUCAUGUUCGCCGCCUCCGCCAUUGCCGGCAACACGUUUAUGCGCUCCCUGUUUGGCGCUGGUUUCCCGCUCUUCGCUACCUACAUGUUUAAUGGCCUCGGCAUCCAGUGGGCUAGUACGCUGCUCGGUAGCGUCGGCGCCGUGCUCAUUCCGAUCCCCGUUGUAUUCCUGAUCUACGGCCACCGGAUUCGCAAGCACAGCCGCUUUGCGCCUACCCCUCCGCCCCACGCAGCCGCUCCUGCAGCCGCCGCCGAAGACGAGGCCGACGGUGAGGGCAGUGCCAGCGCGGCUGGCAACGUCGAGAAGGAUGGUGUGCCCAUUGGCGACGCACCGCGCAACGACGUUGAGGCCGCCGCCGCCAACACCAAGAACAAGGCUCUGUAG